CUAAGAUAGCUCUUAUCUCACUUAUGGCGCCAGGCCAACAUAUUUUUAACAACUUGCAACAAAACAAAUCUGUUGACUAUUUCCUUUUGGGAGGGGUGCGAGUGUACAACUGGACUACAGACUUAACCUUUCAUAUAUGCUGUUGGUUACAGGUCACCUCAGAAAUCCAGAGACAAUGGCCAAGAUCCAAAAAGAGCUGCUUGAACGAAGGAAUGAGCUGGCCGUUUCGCAGACAAGUAUUUAAGUUGGAGAUGGAAGUGAGGAAGCAAAGACUGAAGAGUGAGGACACGCCCCCCCCUGUUGAUUCUCCCCACACCUGGUACCAACUCCAAUCAGCGCACCUGCUGCUCAUCCUGCGCCAUCACCUGCCUUCAAAUGCCAGUCGGACUUUCCUCUCCCUGCCCGAUUGUUGCUUACCACUGAAAAUAACCCACCUUGCUGCCAAUAGCCACGCCACGCACUGGAACAUCAAGUCUGCAGCCCCACUUAGGAACACAGCCCAGCACCCUCUCUGCCAGUCCAGCCAUCUUCGGACCCAGCACCCUCUCUGCCAGUCCAGCCAUCUUCGGACCCAGCACCCUCUCUGCCAGUCCGGCCAUCUUCGGACCCAGCACCCUCUCUGCCAGUCCGGCCAUCUUCGGACCCAGCACCCCCACUGCAGGCCCACACUCACAGCUUCAAUAAAAUAAGAUUCCUUACCACCUACUCCAGUCUGCGCCUGAGUUCUGAUCCUCCUUCCUGACAGCUCAUUGUGUUUAAUUUACAACAUUGCAUCAUA